CAGCGCACUGGAGAGUCGAGACCAACCAACAGAUGGCGCCUGAUUUACUGUCCGGAGUUCUGGUGUACGGGGCGACUGGGUACACUGGCCACCUUGUUGCAAAGAAGGUGAAGGAGGUGGGACUCAGGGCCACUCUUGCAGGGCGUAAUGAAGAAAAAGUGAAGGCCAUUGCGAAUGAGGUUCAGCUCCCAUAUGAGGUGUUCGACCUCAGCGAUUCGGCGAAACUUGACAACUCGGUUGGUCGGCAUGCGGUGGUAUUGCAUAUUGCUGGGCCAUACACUUACACGGCUCGUCCUAUGGUGGAUGCAUGCCUUCGCAAGAAAGCUCAUUACAUAGAUGUCACCGGAGAGUUGCGGGUUGUGGAAGCUGUUCAGCAGCGUGACGAGGAGGCGAAGGCCAGCGGCGUGACUUUGAUGCCUGCCAUUGGGUACGAUGCAUCUGCAGGGGAUUGCGUUGCUGCACAUCUGAAGAAGCGCUUGCCCACAGCAACCCAUCUUGACCUCGGACUCUUUGUCCCAAGGUUCGCAGGAUCGCAUAGACCUCGCAGUCUGAUGUUCUCUCGCGGAACUUUGAAGUCAUUUCUUGUGGGAAUCCUUUCCAGCGGUGGUGUGGUGAGGCGGGACGGAAAAUUGGUGGACGAAGCUUUGGGUGCAAGGUGUCGCACCUUCGAUCUGGGAGAGGAGGGUCAUGCACCCUUUCUGUCGUUUGCCGGCAGCGAGCUGAUUGCAGCACACCACUCGACAGGCAUACCGAACAUCACCACUUACAUUCACAGUGCCAUAAGCUUCCCCACCAAUCGAGUAUUUACAGGUUUGCUGAGGUCGAGUGCGUUCAAGUCUGUGGCGCAGUUCGCCAUCGAUAAAAUGCUUCCAAGGGGUCCUCCAGAAAUCGACGCGGAAGCUAUUCAAUUGGGAGCUGUAGGAGAAGCAAGGGAUGAAAAAUCAGGGAAAAUUGUUCGAACAUUUGCAACAUGUGGUUCUGGCUACCCCUUCACCGCGAAAAUGGUGGUGGAGGUGACAAGACAGAUUCUCAAUGGCAACUUCAAGCCAGGGUUCCAAACAGUUACCUCAGCCUAUGGGCCGGAGUUCUUGCUAUCAAUACCUGGUGCGAAGUUUGAAGAUUUGCCGGGCUCAGAAUGACUCGAGGGCCAAGGGUAUCAUCGGUCCUUGGGGAACAUGCCUAGUCGCAAAACUUCGGCCUUCUGGGUGUCGUCGAUGGCAGACUUCAAGCCAGGGGUCCAAACAAUUGCCUUAGCCUGUGAGAAAGAGUUCUUGCUCUCAAUACCUGGUGCAAAGUUGGAAGAUUUGCCCGGAUCAGAAUGAGCUGAGGGCCAUGGGUUCACAAUGAAUGGCGGCAAGGUAGCCAUACUAGCCAUCCACCCAAAAGCUGAAAAUACAGAUUGUUAAAAGUUAAAACGAGAGAAUACAGUGAAAAAGGAAAAAGUCCGAAAAACAAAGAGAGAGAGAGAUUCUUUUUUGUGUAGGCUAAUGCAACAAAAAUUGGUAAGAACUAAAAAAUAAUGACCCCGUUUCAACUGACAAAAUAAUGAACUAUUUCAACAUGCACAGUCAAGACUCAAGACCUAUUUCAACAUACCUGUCCUUAGUACAUUUGAUUUCGGUUUGAAAUUAAUCACUUUCACAACGACUCGUUGUCUGGCACAUGCCUAUCAGCAAAACUUUGGGCUUCCGUUUGCCGUCAAUAGCAGAGAAUUGUGAACAAAAACAGGCCUGUCGCUCACGCGGUCAAGGCUAUCUUCCACUGGCACACAGGGAAGGCAAGCAAGCAAGGAGCGACUGCCCGAAAAAGAAAUCAUAUACAUGAUUUGAAAAUUGGCAUGGUGGGAGGUUCAAUGCGCGUGUUGCAACAAGCUUCCAAUUGAUUGAAUGAGCAGUGGGGCUUGACAUGCAUCAUGAGCAGUGUUCCAUUGGUGGGGAGCUGCACCUGUUGGAAACCAGGUCCGGCGUCCCUUUACAACAAACUCGCAGAACCACAGUUAUACACUUUCACAGUUAUGUUGUGGCUAAAGGCCUGACUGCUGUUUGGCUAACAAUAUCCAGCCUUGUGAGCAUUCAUCAGUGUUUCGCCGCAGUGGGAGCACAGAUACAGAGAGUUCCGAAUCUUCACCACAGCGUGGCACGGUGGCCAUUGUUCAAGUCGUUGCUUCCUUGCCAUGGAUGAUCUGUCAUUCUGGAGCCUCCUCCUGCAUGGACACCUCCCAUUUAGUGCCACCGGGGCUCCCCCCCACUUUCUUGUUGCCGUAGAACACCCUUCCCCGGGCCGUCUGUCGCUCCGGGGUCUCCCGCUGCAUGGGCGCCUGCAAUCUGGUAGCAGUGAGGGAGGAGGGUGGAGGUGGGGAGCGGGCGGGGGCAAAAGGGGGCGAACGUGGAGGCGGGGUGUGAGGGUACGACGAGGGCCCAGGCAGGGCUAAGGAGGGGGGGGGUGUUGAAGCAGGCAUUGGAUUGCAGGGCAAGUGAGGGGCUGGGGCACUGUCCGCUGGUGGCAGCGGGUGAAGGGGGGACAGGGUGCCUAGGGGGAAGCUGGUGGUGUAUGCGAAAGUAGCACAAAAUCAGUCUGGAGAUAGGGAACCUCAAAACAGCUCCCAUGUCUCCUUUGCCAUGAGGGCUCUGUAGACCUCUACGGCUUCCACUGGAUGUUUAGUCCAGUGUCCAGCUCUGAGAAUAGCUUACGCGGGUCCUGCCAAAGUUGAUGAUAGCGUUGAUAGGUGUCCGUGUCCUCAAUAGAAACUCUCUGGGAAACAGGUCCCUCUCUCCCUGGGGUUGGCCAUUUUCAUUGAUGUCCAAGUUUCUGCUGGAGAAUGUAGAAACGUACUUGGUGCCGGAGCCCGUAUCGGCAUCAUGAAGAAUGACAAGUUUCUUCUUCUUCUUCGUUAACCGCCAGCUCACCCAAAUAAGAGUACUGCUUUCACCGGUAUACGCGGUAAGAGGUUUUCGAUUCAGGCCUGGGCCGGUAGAGACAAGUGGCAGACCACUUGGAAAAGGCGCAGUUGCAGGCUCACUAGCCUUGGAAAGUAGCUUUGUCAACUUAGGCUUGUGUGAACUGGUAGUUUAAGGAGUCUACUUUUGGGGGUUGAUAAGAGUAUCCCCCAAGAAGUUUCUUCUUAAGAGUGUAGAAAUGUAUGUAGCCCAUUCUAACCAAUUUGAGGAUUAAGCCUUUACACUGUUUACAGACCAUAAAUUCUUUGAGGGUGUGGAAAUGCAGAUCAGCCUGUGUUUGCCCAUGGUCAGGACUAAGCUGUUACAGAUCAAAAGUGUUACAAGCGCAUAUUUUCAAACAAUUUACGCAUGUGAUUGGUGAAGAGGGAAAGCGGUGAGUCGGUGACCCAUUUGCGGGCCCAGGUCACAGUGACCUGUUAGAUUGCCAUUUUGUGUUAGUGAAAUAUAGCUAGCUGGGAGUAGUAGUUAUGAAGUCAUAGCUGUUGGAAACAAUGAUAAACUUGGGUACACAAGUGUUUGCUCUUGUGUGGAGGUAUGGGGAGCGAAGGUAGUCGGGGCCUUGAUGGUUUUCUAUUUUGGCAAGGCCAGCGGUAAAUCUGCAAUGAAUGCCUCCUUGGGAG